CUCGAAGGCGCCGCCGCGCCCGCCCCGCCUCAGCCCAGCGCCCCGGCCGCUCUCGCCAUGCGGCUUUGGGUGCUGCUCAGCCUGCUGCUGCUGCAGGAGACGCUGCCGCACGGCUUAUGUGCAUGUGGCACAUGGUGAGAACAGAUAGCAGCUGUGUGUGAGCCUCUGAGAUCAGUCACUGCACUGCUGGGAAAUAAGUGCACCUUUUAAGCAACCACAGCAUGCAUCUCAGCUCCUGCUGGACAGGCUGCUGUUGCCUCUGGCAGGUAAUGGAAUCUCUUCUGCUUCUGUUUCCAUCUGCUCAGUAAAGUUAUUGGACAGUCUGUGAAAAGUAAGCGUCAAAAAGAGCCAGGGGAAAACAAAAUCAAGCCUAUCAACAAAAAAGUAAAACCCAAGGGCCUAAAAAUGAAGGAGAGGGAACCUAUCGACUCUUCCUCCAAGUCCCAGUCCAUACUGAUGCAGGUGAUGGAUAAAGGCCGUUUCCAGAAACUGACUGCCACUUUAAGCCUGUCUGCUGGACAAAGCAUAGAACUGCGAUGUAAGGGGAGUAAUGUGACUUGGAGCUAUCCUUCAUACUUGGACACCUUUAAGGACUCCAGACUCAGUAUAAAGCAGUUGGACAGGUAUGGUCAGCUGAUCCUUACAAACUCCACUGCAGCAGACACAGGUGAAUAUAGCUGCUGGCUUCAGCUGUGCAAUGGUAACAAAUGCAGGAAGGAUGAGACAAAAACAGGUUCAACGUACAUCUUCUUCACAGAUAAAGAGGAACUUUUUGUGCCUACUCCCAGUUAUUUUGAGAUUGUCUACCUGAACCCAGAUAAACCUGCUGUCAUCCCAUGCCGUGUCACUACUCCUUCAGCAAAAGUUACUCUACACAGGGAAUUCCCAGCAGAAGAAAUUGAAACAGAUGAAACUAAUAUUAUUUAUGAUGCAAAGAAGGGCUUUGUCUACCAGCACCCUACUUCUGAUCAUAAAGGUAUUGUCUACUGCAAAGCAGAGUCGCAGGGAGCGCCUCAGAUUUCCAUCAAGUAUCACCUACUCUAUGUGGAAGUCCCCAAGGGCCCACCCUCAGCCACGAUUGUGGCAUCACCCAGUAGAGCCAAAGUCAGCGAUGGUAUCCACGUAGCCUGCACUGUCCUUGGGGAGCCAGAUGUAGAUGUGAGCUUCAGCUGGCAGUACCCAGGGCAGGAGCUGGAGAGGCCUGUAAUCACACAGAAUUUCUGGAGACUGAUAAACAGAGGGACUGGACACACCACAAGAAUUUCAAAGAGUGUUCUCAUCAUUGAGGAUUUUGAAGCCAGAGAUGCUGGAAACUAUAUUUGUAUAGCUCAGAACUUACAAGGAGCAACAACAGUGGCAACUAGAGUUGAACUAAACUAAUGGAAAGGCUUCUGGACUCAUGAUGAACUGUACGUUGCUUUGCAUUUUAACCAUUGUUUUGUUUAUUUUUUGUUAAUGUUUAUACAAAAGUUUUCUCUAUUACAUUCUUUUCCUAUGUCAACGCCUUCCACUUCCACUAGAAUGCCAGGCCAAAACAUGGUGCCUUACACCUGGCCGUAAUCAGUUGUGAGUUAGAAACACUGCAGAUAUAUUACUAAGUUUAAUACUAUAAAGUGUAAUCUUGAAGCCUGAACAUGCAUACGGCUUAUUGUACUUGGGAAUAGAUGCUUGUGCAUUUUCCUUCGCAUGUGGCCUUUUUGCUCCAACGCUUUUACAGGGGUAACCUGCUGGAUGCUUUGUGCCUUUUUCCUCUGUGAAAACUCAGAGGAUUUGUAACGUCUUCAGAAACCCAUCAGUGCAGGGGCAUCUCUUCUGGUGCUGUGCAAUAUAAAAUGUAGAGUACUGUACAUGUUUAAAACAAAAAAGCAAAAAAAAUUCUGACAGAACUAGCCAAUAGCAAUAUUUCUUAAAAACAAUUAAAUUUCUUAACAUUAUAGAA